AUAAGAACGAAAGAAAAAGGUUAAAACUCUCUAACGAUAAUGAAAAAAAUUUUGCUGAUUUUGGCGUACAAGUUGAACCAACUUCCGUCGACUUUGAAGUUCAAGUAUCUUUGUUAACUAUCAACAUUGGAGUUCAAGUAUCUUUGCUGACCGUUGACUUUGAAGUUCAAGUAUCUUUGCCGAACGUUGACUUUGGAGUUCAAGUAUCUUUGCCGGAUCUAAAAUAUGAAAUUCUUUUAGAACAAAUUAGUAAGCUAGAAAGUACUAAUGCACAAUUGUUAGCUGAAAAUAAAGCAUUAAAAAAAAAGAUAUAG